GCUGGAGGGCCGGGCGCGCCCGCGAGGGGCGAGGGCGGCGGCCCCUCGGGACCAUGCACUGAGCGCCCGGGGCAGCCGGCGAGCGAAGUUGGGGUGGAAGAUGAACAACGCCGAAAUCACAAAACCACCACUAGCACCAAAACCAAAGAUUAUCGGUCAUCUUUCUCCAGUAGCUGUCUCCAAAUUUUCUCCUUCACUGCCUAGGGCUGAUAUUCUUCAUAACCCAAACUCUGUAUCUAGGGGUCCCAAACCACCUAUUGCUCCCAAGCCAAAAUUCUCAGCUGACACUGAGGGGAAAUCCAGUGUUUCUACCAACAAUAAGUUAAAUAAAUGUCCAAAUGGGAGACUGGUGUGUCUUGAUGGAGAGCUGUAUGAAGGAAACCAGUGCAAUGCCGAUUGCCUAGAAUCUGAGGCAGGUAAUGAAUACAUUGUAGUUCCUGAAGCUCGGCUGACCAGCAAAGACUGUAAUAAUUUGGAACAUGAGUAUGAUAGGAACCUAGAUUCCUCUGGGGAAGAUGAAGUCUCAGAAACUCCAGAAGAGGUAAAGGAAGACAAUAGCAUUGCUAAUGAGGAGAAUACCAGUAAUCGAGAAGUCAUCGAAGAUGAGCACCAUAACUCUUCAGAUAUUGCUGAACCAAUGGAAUCAGACUCUGAAGAGUCAACCAGAGACUGUGACCAGUCCAAAGCACUUUGUGAGGAGUCCUCAGAUACCCCAGAUAGGGAUAAAGAUGCUUCCAAGAAUGUAGAUGAAGAUGAGGAUGUUGUAGGUGAUUGUAUUGAAACAAAAAACAAGGAGAAAACUUCUUACAACCCGGAACUGGUCCAGAACAAUAGUGAUUGUAAGACUGAAACUGAUAAUGUUUUCAAUAGAGAUGAGGAACUAAUGGGUGAUACCUGUAAAAAUACCAUUGUAAUUCCACUGCCUGCAGAUGAAUCAAUCUCAUGUUGUGGGAAGGCAGGGCAGGAGGAGGAGGAGGAACUGCCUGAGAUUUUAGAAAAAGCAGAUGGGUGUCUAGCACAUGAUGAUGACCACAGUGCACAUUCAGAGCUUGAUUUGAAUGCGGAAGGGGAGUUGGAAGAUGAGGACUGUGCAAGCCCUGACAUGCUGCCUGAUGAGGCCGAAGAUGAAACAGCUCCUGGCUUAGAACCGUGUGAAGAUGAACCCAGUGCCCUAAAUGGUUUAGGAGAGUUCAUCCAUCAAGCAGCAGCUGAAGAGGAGGAAGCAGAACCAGAUGAGCACAAUAGUACACACAAAGGAAACACUGGUGAUGGCUGCCAGAUCACUGAGAGGAGAGAUGAGAAGACAUCAGAGGUAGCCUGUGAAGCAAGCAAAGACUCUGGGAAAGGGGAAGAAGAAAUUGUGAAUGCUGAGAAUAUGGAUGAUGGCUGUCAAAUUGCACCUUGUGAGAAUGAAUGGGGUGAGGAAAUACACAUGGAACAUUCAGAUGAGCAUCUUCAAUCAGAAUGGACCUCUCUGCAUGAAGAUGGUGUGAUUUCUGAUAGCCUACCUUGUAGUCCAGGGAUGGAACUAGAGCUGGAAAACGUGACUGUUGAAGAGCAUAGUGAAAGUACUGUGGAAACCUCUAAGUCAGAUGAACUGCAACUCGAAGACAAUGAGGUGGAAGCAAACAGCUUCAGCAAAAGUGUCCCAAGUUCACCUCAACAGGUCCCACUUGAGGAAGAGUUAGAGUUCUGUAGGCACGGCAAAACUAAUGUAGAAUGUGGGACCAAACAUAUUUUGCAUGAAAAUCUAGCAGUCCCUAAAGUGGUCAUUGUGUCUGAAGAAUCAGAGGAAAGAGAAACUAGCAGUGAUUCCCUAGAUGAUCCUUAUGUGCUUCCUGCAGAAAAUGAAAUUGCUCAUGGUGUGCAGACUGAUUUAGGAGCUGAUCCCAGUAAAAGGGAUGAAUUAGGCAUGGAUGGUGAAAACAACUUGCUUCCCGUUGAUCGUAAAAGCAUUGUCACUAGAACACGGUCACUAUCUGGGAAAAUGCCUGGCUGUGUCCCAGAAACUGUUCCAGAAGAAACUGGACCUGAAACUGAUUUACCAUCUUCCCGCAAUGGCUCUGGGACAGAAGAUUUAAACAUUAAUUUAUUUUCACUCGAAGCAAAACCAAUGGAAGCCAACAGUGCAUUACCAACGAAGUCAAGACGUUUCAUUUUAUAUCCUCGAUCUUAUUCAGUUGAAGGGAGAGAGAUGCCUAUCGCUGUUUACGGAGAAAGUGAUGGCUGCAUACUGGAUGAUGUUAGAAUUAAAAGGACAGAAGACAACUUGUCUUUGCCUUGUGUCAAUGGUUCCUCAGGUAGUUUUUCUCAGCGAAAUCAUCUUUCAUCAUGUAGCAUAUCUACGCCAUCCUCAGUUGUUGAUAUACCACCUCCUUUUGAACUUGCCUAUAUCACCAAAAAGCCAAUAACUAAAAGUUCCCCUUCACUUUUGAUAGAAAGUGACUCACCUGAUAAGUAUUCCAAGAAAAAGAAAUCUUCUUUUAAGAGGUUCCUCACUCUAAAAUUCAAGAAGAAAACUGAAAAUAAAGUCCAUGUAGAUGUUAAUGUUUCUUCUUCAAGGUCCUCAUCAGAGUCCAGCUAUCACGGGCCUCCAAGGCUGAUGGAGCUAGACAGGAGGAGCCUCAGUAGCUCACCUCAACUAAAAUCACAUGUGGGGAAGUUCCGUGCAUCUGAGUCUCCCUCUGCUAUUCUCUUCUAUAAGGAUGGUAAAAGAAAAGGAACGCCCAAGUCCUUCAGCAGGAGUGUGUCAAGGGUGGAGUCCUUCGAGGACCGGUCCAGACCUCCUUUCAUGCCACUUCCAUUAACGAAACCCAGGUCUAUUUCUUUUCCCAAUGCCGACACGUCUGACUAUGAGAACAUUCCUGCUAUGAGCUCUGACUAUGAAAACAUACAAAUUCCUCCUCGAAGAUCCACCAGAGCAGGAACAUUUACUGAGUUUUUUGAAGAUCCCAGCAGGGCAUUAUCUGCUGCUAAUGAGAAUGACGGCUAUGUGGACAUGAGCAGCUUCACUGGCUUUGAGAACAAGCAGCAAACCACAGACCAGGAAACAGAAAGUGCCUACACUGAGCCCUACAAGGUGUGCCCAGUCUCCAUGAUACCAAUGGAAGUUGUCACAUCAGAUGAGGAGCAGAGAAGUUCAGAAGAUGAGGAGAUCAGCCCUGGCGAUCCCAGCCUCAUCAACAAGAAAGAAGGCCAGUCCAGAGCUUACCUCAUUGCCCAGGAGCUGAUGUCUUCAGAAAAAGUAUAUGUGGAGAUGCUCCAGCUGUUAAAUAUGGAUUUCUAUGAAGGUAUCUUGAAAGUGCUUGGAGAAGAUGAUGAAAAUGAACAGGAAGAAGUUAAACUCAGGCACAGUUUAAGUGAACUCCCCGAAAUUUAUGAAUUACACCAAGACAUCCUGGGAGAACUGGAAGAGAGAGUCCUUAAAUGGGAGGAACACCAGAAAGUUGCUGAUGUUUUUCUCUCCAGAAAAUCAAGGCUGAAUCACCACACAGCAUACAUUGUGCAGUUUGACAGGAAUUUGUCUUUGCUAGAUGAAAUGUGCCUUAAAUAUUCCCAACUGGCUACUAUGAUGCAGGAGUUUGAGCAGAGCUCUGGAGGCAGCCCUCAGAGUGUGAAACACCAGCUUUUGAAAGUGGUGCAGCGUAUCUUCCAAUAUCGUGUGCUGCUCACAGAUUACUUGAAUAAUCUUUGUCCUGAUUCUACAGAGUAUGAAGCCACACAAGCUGCCUUAUUCAUCAUUUCUGAAAUCACGGACCGAGCCAAUGACAGCAUGCUCCAAGCGGAAAACCUGCAGAAGCUGGUACACAUCGAGCACAGUGUGAGAGGGCAGAGUGGCCUCCUCCAGCCAGGAAGGAUAUUUGUUAAAGAGGGAACGCUGAUGAAGGUCUCUGGCAAAAACAGGCACCCUCGGCAUUUGUUCUUGAUGAAUGAUGUUCUGCUGUACACAUAUCCCCAGAAGGAUGGCAAAUACCGACUGAAAAACACCUUAGCUGUGUCAGGCAUGAAGGUCAGUCGUUCAAUGACAGAAAAAGCCCAAAACGUCCUGAAGAUUGAAUAUGAUGAGCAUUGCCUGACCCUGUCAGCAAGCUCUUGCUCAGAAAGGGAUGACUGGUACAACUGCAUCAGCAGACACAUCCCAGAUGACUACAAAGCUCACAACACUUCGACUUUCCACAGCAGUGUAGAGCUAAGGGAAAGGCUUGGAAUACCCUUGGGAGAGAGGCCUCCUACUUUGGUACCUGUGUCCCAUGUCAUGAUGUGCAUGAACUGUGGCUGUGACUUUACCCUCACUUUGAGGCGACAUCACUGCCAUGCCUGUGGGAAGAUUGUAUGUCGAAAUUGUUCAAGAAACAAGUACCCUAUGAAGUACCUUAAAGAUCAAGCAGCCAAAGUCUGUGAUAGCUGCUACGUGGAACUUAAUAAAAGAGCGCGGCCACUAAGCAUGAACUUCCCUCCAACUUCAUCCAGGUGUUCAAGCAGUGCCUUCUCCUCUGUUUUCCACAAUAUUCAUUAUUCAUCUUUUAAGAAACAGAAGAAGAUCCCUUCAGCUCUCAUGGAGGUGGCAGCCUCAGGAGAGGGAGCUACCAUCAGCGGUUACCUCAGCAGAUGUAAGGGAGGCAAAAGACACUGGAAGAAACGCUGGUUUGUUAUCAAAGGCAAAGUCCUCUACACCUACAUAGCAAACGAGGACAAAGUUGCUACAGAAAGUUUGCCUUUGCUGGGUUUCACCAUUGCCCCAGAAAAGGGGGAUGGAAGCAUGGAUGCAGUUUUUCAUCUCUACCACAAGCAGACUCUCUUUUAUAGCUUCCGAGCAGAGGAUAACAAUUCAGCACAGAGGUGGAUUGAAGCCAUGGAAGAAGCAUCCAUAUUAUAGCAGCUAUCAUGCAAUGAACUUGGAAGAAAUUCUCAGAUUUCUAUACAUUUCCAGCAAUCCUCUUAUGACUUACAAAACUGAACAGUGUAUUUCAGGCCCACUGGCCACACACACUGGAUUUGAACUGUUUCCAGUUUGCUCUUUUUGCUUCCUUCUUCUUACAUCCACGUUGUUGCAAAUGAAAACUUCAAAGUAGAGAAUGUUUAUGGUGAUCUUUAUGUAUGUACAACUUCAGCCUGUACUAUAAGCUUCUCCUCAGACCUCACAGUAAACUAAGUCUAACAUCAAGACCAGAAAAUACAUGGAAAUACUGACUAUAGUAAGUAACAGGCUCAGAUUUACUUACUCUAGAGCACUGCCGUAUUUCAUUGAGUUGGUUUUGAUGUCUACCACAACACGAGAAACCAUGUAGUACACAACAAAUGAUCAUUUAAAGCACUUUAUCAUUUUUAUUGAACUACACUUUCCUUUUCUUCGUGUUUCUAAGGAGUUCUGUGGCAUGAUUUAUUACCCAUCCAUUAACAAGUGCCAGCAUGAAAUUAUGCCCCACGAAUGCGAAAUUGCUUCCACAGAAAAUGAACGAACAACACAUUCAAUUUACCUGGUCUACCAACACUUCACUACCUAUGAUCCAACGUAAUUACUUACUAUGAAUUUAUAAUUUUACAGAGAGCAUAUAAUUUAUGUUAAAGGGUUUAGUUUCAUAUCACUGCAGUACUUUGAAAUGCACUUCAGUAGAUCUACAGAUCCAGGCGUUGAAUUAUAUCACUUCUCCUUAAAUACUGCAUCAGACUCAAACCCAAAGGUUAUUUCUAAUUUAUUAUAAACCUACAGACAGUUUUUAUUUAACAUGUCUACCUAGUAGUGUUAGGAUUUUUAUCCUCUAUUUAAAUAGUCUAUCUUUAUUUUCAAAAUUCCUGUUGUUUCUGCUGUUCUUGUUAUGAAAAAAAAUGUUAUCAAAAAUUGAAUGCACAUAACUAGCACAGCAUUUGAAAUAUGCUGGGUGCACUGAAAUGCACUUGUCUGAACCUGCUCUGCUGGAGUGCUUUGGAACUCCUGUGGCUAUACCUGUCUCACAUCAGACUGCUGCCGUGCACUACAUUUCCAGGGCUGGAUUCUCAGCAGCCAGCUGUGUUUGUGUGACUUCAAAGAUGCUAUGCUGCUUUACACCAGCUAAGGAUAUAGAUGUCUGGAGUUUGGGGGUUGGGUUUUUGUGUUUGGUUUAGGGGGUUGUUUUUUGUUAGGGUGGGGUUUUUUUAGUGUUUGGGUUGGGGUUUUCUAUAAAGAUUGAGAAGUGGUGUUCUAAUCAUUGCAAUACCAUGGUUUUGUGUCCUGUAUUUGUCAUAAUAUUUGACUGAGGAAUAGAACAGCAUCUAUGAUUAAAAUAUAUCUUUGUAUAAAAAUACCAUGUUCAAGAAUUUACUUACAUUAAAAUAUAUUGUUGGGUAUUUUUAUUACUUUCAUUUUUCCCUUUCUUUAAGAAGGUUAAUGGAUAUCUGAAUUUUUGACCCUAAAAAAUUGUUUAGAAUUGUCUGCAUUUGUAAAGGUCUAUAAUAUAUACCCAAAUCAUAAGGUAGUUCAGUUUAUCACCUGCAAAAACAAGCUUAAAGAAACAAAUAUCUACCACUAAAUAAAAAUACCACUGUUCUGGAGAUUUUUUGAUACAACUGAGUCUGACCAUUUCAAAUAGCAUAUAUUAUCAUGUGCAAACAGAAAUUAAGUAUAAAAGUAAAACUUUUGGUUCUUUAGUUAUUGAAUGAACAUCAGUAUUAACUCUUUACAUUAGAACCAUGGCCCUGCUACCAAUACACUGUAAAUGUUUAUUCCCCCCCCCCUAAAAACAUUUUGCACUUACAAAAAAAUAAGACAACGUUGAAUAGAGUAGUAUCUCUAACUAUGGUCUAAAACAAAACUGCACUACAGAAUGACGAUAUUAUGAGGACUUAGAUGUUGACAUUUGGUGACUGUUGUAUGAAGCUUUCAGUUAGAAACAUGAAAUGAAGACAUGAAAAUAUUUUGUUGUAAAAAAUAAGAUACAGUGCUACUGGACAUUGUUUUAAGUAACACAGAAAAAUAAAAGAGCAAAACA